UGCUGGUCGUCUCUUUCUCUGUUCAGGAAACGAAAUUCUCGUUUUGUGCGUUCUUUUCUCUUUGGUGUGCUGACGGACAAGUGGCUUGUAAGACGUGUCACUUUGAUGACAAAAUAACCAAAAGUUUUGAUUCAAACUUUGGAGUAGGCCUACGACACUAUGCAGUCACAACCAGCAGCAGCGCACUUGUCGGCUGAGGGAAGCCGAGACAACGGCACUACGGACGGUACCAUGUCGCCAGCAAAUGGGAGGGUUCCGAAAACCGCUCACUAUGAAUUUGGAGGACCUAUCGGUGCCUUUCUUGUGAUGACGAGCCUCCCUGUAGUGGUCUAUUAUCUGUACUUUGCGUGCAGUAAGGAGUCGUGUGGCAUCACAUACAAGCCGGCAUUAUCUACUCGUCUCGAAGACUACUUCGACUGGGAGGUGAACCUCAUCUUACUCGGAUGGAUAGCCUUCCAAGCGGCUCUUUACAUGGUCCCCAUAGGCAAGAUCGCUAAAGGUCUUCCGUUGAGAAAUGGUCGCAGAUUGCAGUAUCGCAUGAACGGUUUCAUGGCUUUCGUGGUCAGCGUGACGUCCUUUGGGGCCCUUCUCUUUUUCAAAUAUCCCGUCACAAUCCUGUAUGAUAAAUUUCUACCCUUUAUGACGUCAUCAAUAAUCGUCUCUGUCAUUCUGAGUAUCCUUGUCUACAUCAAGGCCCGGACCGCACCCAACCACGCCCUAGCAACGGGAGGGAACUCUGGCAAUAUCAUCUAUGACUUUUUUAUUGGACACGAGUUGAACCCGAGACUUGGCAGCUUCGACAUCAAAGUGUUCUGUGAGCUGCGACCAGGACUUAUCGGAUGGGUCAUGAUUGAUCUUGCUUUCGUGGUCAAGGCGUGGGCGGAUUUCCCUAACAAUCCUCCAUGGGGUCUUUUAGCAUUGACCUUCUCACAGGUGCUCUACGUUGCUGAUUCACUGUGGUAUGAGGAAUGUGUAUUGAGCACAAUGGACAUCAUCCAUGAUGGAUUUGGUUUCAUGUUAUCUUUUGGUGAUCUUGCCUGGGUCCCUUUCACAUACACGCUACAAGCACGUUAUCUGGUGGACCAUUCGGAAACAACUGAAUCCAAGUUCUGUCUCCUGACCAUUGCUGCUCUCGGAUUGCUUGGCUACUAUAUUUUCCGUGCCUCGAACUCACAGAAAAAUGAAUUCAGGCAAAAUCCACAUGGCAGUAAAGUUGCUCAUCUUCAAAGCAUCCCAACGUCGACUGGUAAACGAUUGUUGGUGUCUGGCUGGUGGGGACUGGUACGGCAUCCUAACUAUCUAGGUGACCUCAUCUUGGCAUUAUCAUGGUCUUUAUAUUGCGGUUUUGACAGCAUCAUUCCAUACUUCUACCCAAUCUACUUUAUGAUCCUCCUGGUUCAUCGAGCCUAUCGGGACGCUGCUAUGUGUAAAGAAAAGUACGGCGAGGCAUGGGAGCAGUAUUGUAAACGUGUCCCGUACCAGAUAUUCCCGCUCAUAUUCUAAACGGAGGGUUACAACAUUGUUUGAUUAAUAUAUUAUAUUUGGUCUGCGGUACCACCGUGUGUGUCUACUUGCCAGCCCAGGUAGACAGUUGGACAGCAAGACAGUUCUCUAAAGAACAAAAUCUU